AUGGAUGGCAACAGGGACACCGAUAUCCCAACUCUCGACUUGGUGUGUGUCGGUUUUGACAUCACCGGCGUCGCAAACGCUGUCGCUUUGAAGGAAAGAAAUGGGCUCAGCAAGGAUACUAUGUUCCUGGAAUCCCAAUUGGAAGCAUUCUGGAAGCCACUCCGGAGCACACCGGCCUCCAGACUGAGGGCCUCAUUUCUCAAUGACUUGAUCACCUCAGAGAAUCCGCGCUCCCCCUUCACCUUCCUCAACUACCUCCAUGCGACCAAUAGGCUCAUCUUAUAUGCCAACAGCGCUCAGAUUCGCCCGUCGAGGGAAAUGUUCAGCGAUUAUCUGAGAUGGUGUGCUGGCCGCCUUCGGGCGCAAGUCCAGUACGGCAAGAUGGUCACCAGUGUGCGACCGUUGAGAGACGGCAAGGGGAGCGUCGCUGCGUGGGAAGUGGUCUUCGUGGAUGCCGUGACGGGAGAAAAGAAAGCUGCCACAGCCAAGCAGGUCGUCUAUGCUGCAUCGAAUCAUCUCUAUGUCCCAAAAGUACUCCGCGCUCCUACUCUUCAAACUCUCGUCCUGCACUCUUCAGAGUAUCUGGAAGCCAUUCCAUCACUACUACGCGACAAUCCCAGAGCGCGCAUCGCAGUCCUAGGAAAUGGCCAAAACGCAGCAGAGGCAUUUGAUCAGCUUCAUGGAAUACGGGGAGAGCACGAUGUCAUUUGGUUUACCAAAGACGCUGUCCUUCGAGGAGAUGACGAGACACCAUUCCUAUUGGAAAGUAUCAUGCAACCCACUUCAUCCACACAACUGAACAUGCCACCCGAGAUCAGGAGAAGGGAAGUCAAUGGAGCCUCGACCUUGACCUCUAGUUCGUCAAUUGAACCGCGCCUCCUGAGACAGAUAUAUGAUGCCCAGUACGAUUUCAGUGUCAAAGAGCCCGACUCCCAGAAGUGGAGAUUCCAAAUCAGAUUCCAACAUGAAGCGGUACAUGCGGAGAGAACUGCUGACGGGCGCGUGCGACUUUUCGUGCAAACUCCUGAAAAUCCAAGCGAGCCAGCAACGUUCGAUGCCGUCAUUUCCGCGACCGGCUUUGGGCAACACGUUCAUUAUCGUGCCCUCGAGCCUUUACAGGCGCUGCUCGAUGGCCCUAGUGUCACAGUCGAUCGCGAUUACCACAUCAACUUCAGAAAGGGCGUCCUCGCGCCAGGGUGCGGGAUUUGGUUUCAAGGAUCGCUUGCCAAUGAUGGAGACCAAAAUGACGACAACCUCCUCCAGAUUCUCGCAGAGAGAGGUAGACGUCUGGCAGAGUCUGUGCUGCGUCGGAGGACCGAGCAGACCGCUUCGGAGGAGGAGAGGCCGGCAAGGCUGUAA